AAGCUCACGCGCGGGGCCCGUUAGCUUUGGUUGCUAUAUAUAACGUAGCCGCACCGGUAGUGGCAUUCAGCAGAGACUGCGAGAGAGAAACACAGAGAGAAACAUACAGAGAGAGAGAGAGAAAGAGAGAGAGAGCGACGAGACACCGUAUAGGGACCUGUGCGUGGGACUUUCUGUGUGCAAGAAGAACUUCGUCAACCUCGCGUGCGACUCGACACCGACAGGAUGGGUAACUCGUGGCAGCUCGUCGUUGCCGUCACACUGGCCUACGUUUGCACGAGUUUAGUCUCGGGUUACAGCCUCUACACGGACCAGAAGCGCGCCAUGAUACCGCGCAUUCACGGCCGAUCCGAAAGCGAGGCUCCGAGGUCGGGAGCGCCGUACGACGAGCCCUACAUUCCGCGCAUGAUCGGUCGCUCGUCGCCGGACGCUGCCAGCAAGCGAGAGCUGCCAACCGUCGUCCGUCUGGGCCGCACGCUCGACGAAGAGAUCUGGGAUCUACUGCAGGAUUAUUCUGUCGUCAUCGUCAGUCCUCAGGCAUUAGCCGAUCAAAUACAGUCGCGCAAUGAGAGAUCACUAGAUGCGGAAAGGCGAAAAUAAGCUAGCAGAAGAGAAAGGGACGAAAUGGGAGGGGGGACGUGGGAAGAAGAACGCGAUUCAGAGAGCGAGAGCGUGAGAGAAAGGGAACGAGAGUGUGGGAGGGGAGAUGGAAUUCCGUAGCACUCUUAAUAGUGUCCAUUUAUUGACUGUGUUAUCUAUAUGGUGUACAAUAUUCCGAUACGUUGUAGUUGUGUGAAUAGUUUUAUACGGAUUCAAGAAGACUCGUACGACUGACGAUAGAUGGCGGUAUUCGGAGAAUGUGCUGUUGUCAAAAAUGAUACGCUAUAAUUAUAUUAAAGUCUCACAAUAAAAUAAAACUUAUAUUGGAACGUGUAGCAAAA